GAAGAAGAAGAAGAAAAGGAAGACAACAAUUACAACAACAAAUGUGGAUUCUUUUCAGCAUAUUGAUAAUAAUUGAAUCGCCACAGGCAUAUGCAGCCGAUUUGGUUAUCAAUGUGCCAAGUGCAAGUAGCAAUGAUAAUGCCUUCUAUCGGAUCGAUUAUAGUCCACCAUUUGGUUAUCCCGAACCGAACACAACAAUACCAGCCAGUGAUAUCGGCAAAGAUAUACAAUUCUCACAUGCUCUACCCGGAACUGAAUAUAAUUUUUGGCUAUAUUAUACAAAUUCCACACAUCGUGAGCUCCUCACCUGGACGGUGAAAAUAACUACAGCACCCGAUCCGCCGGCGAAUCUUAGUGUACAAUUACGUUCAAGUAAGAGUGCAUUCAUCACAUGGAAACCGCCAGGAAUGGGAGCCUAUUCUGGUUACAAAAUCAAAAUAUUUGGCCUUACCGAUGUGGGAUAUAAUCGUACCCAUGCACUGGAUAGCAAUGAUACAUUACAGUUAUCAGCUAAGGAAUUAACACCAGGUGGUACCUAUCAAGUGCAGGCCUAUACCAUAUAUCAGGCAAAAGAAUCGGUGGCCUAUACAAGUCGAAAUUUCACCACAAAGCCGAAUACGCCUGGUAAAUUCAUCGUUUGGUUUCGUAAUGAGACAACGCUCCUGGUGCUGUGGCAACCGCCCUUUCCCGCUGGUCUUUACACACACUACAAGGUCUCGAUAACACCGGACGAUGCCAUCGAGAGUGUAUUGUAUGUGGAGCGUGAAGGCGAACCGCCCGGACCCGCUCAGGCGGCAUUCAAGGGCCUGGUGCCGGGUCGUCCGUAUAAUAUAUCAGUUCAAACCGUGUCCGAGGAUGAGACAUCUGUGCCGACAACGGCACGAUAUCUCACAGUGCCGGAGCGUCCGCUUAACGUUACCUUCGAUGCGGAUUACACAACAUCCGAGUCGUUUCGAGUGCGUUGGGAACCGCCACGUUCGUAUAGCGAAUAUGAUGGCUAUCAGGUGUCAUUGUCCACCUCACGUCGAGUAUACAAUGUGGCAAGGAGUGAGAUUGCUGGCCCAGUGUACUUUGAUUAUCCGGAACCCUUGGAGGCGGGCAGAAGUUACGAUGUGGUGGUCAAGACAAUAUCCGAUAAUGUCAAUUCGUGGCCAGCGACGGGAGAGAUUACUUUACGACCCAAACCAGUGCGUAAAUUGCGUGGCUAUUUGGAUGAUCGUAGUAAUAUUUUGCAUAUAUCCUGGGAACCGGCGGAGAUGGGCAAACAAGAUGGCUAUCGAAUAAGCUAUCACGAGCAAGGCAAUGAAACUAGCCCUACGAAAUCCUCAUCCGCCGACACCAUAAUCGAGACGAAGCAAACGGAAUAUAAGCUAGAACCCUUGCUGGCUGGACGACGUUAUCACAUAAGUGUUCAGGCUCUGUCCAAUGGCAUGAGUUCGAAUGCCACUGUCAUCACCAGGGACACACGACCCGGAGCACCCAUUAUCCAGGAGCUACAUAGCAUACCACUCGGCUUGAAUAUCAGUUGGCGAAGCAAGGAGAACUCCCAUCAGGAUCGCUAUGAGGUCCAUUACCAACGAAAUGGCACACACGAGGAGCGCACAAUCACGACGAAUCAAACGAAUUUAAUCAUCCGUCAUUUGCAUGCCGGUUCCGGUUACGAGAUUAAGGUCUAUGCGAUCAGUCAUGAAAUGCGUAGCGAGCCGCAUUCCUAUUUCCAGGCAGUGUUUCCCAAGCCUCCGGUGAAUCUCACCUUGCAUACGGUGAACACGAAUCUGGUGGAGCUCAACUGGCAACCGCCCGAGGGCAGUGAUUUCAGUGAGUAUGUGGUACGCUACCGCACCGAUGCCUCGCCCUGGCAGCAAUUGGCUCACAUACGUGAGAAUCAUGCCAGUAUCAAAGAUAUGCGCUACGGGGAGAGAUAUCUGGUGCAGGUCAACACGGUUAGCUUUGGUGUGGAGAGUGCCCAGCCCCUGGAACUGAAUGUUACAAUGCCGCCGCAGCCAGUCUCGAAUGUGGUGCCAUUGGUUGACUCACGUAAUCUGACCCUAGAAUGGCCACAGCCCGAUGGCCAUAUAGAUUACUACACAAUCAAAUGGUGGCCAACCGAUGCAGUGAAUCAGGUGGAAUAUAAGAAUGUGACAACCCUAGAGAAUCAUUCGACUCCAAGUGUACGGAUACCCAUUGAUGAUCUCUCGCCUGGUCGCCAAUAUAAAUUCGAAGUACAGGCCAGCUCCAAUGGCAUACGCUCGGGUAUAACGCAUCUCUCGACACGGACAAUGCCGCUCAUCCAGUCGGAUGUCUUUAUAUCGAAUGUACUGCCAAUGGAUCCGGACUCAGAUCAAGCGGAACAACAACAUCUCAGCGAAUCGAUUACAUUGAGCUAUACACCGACUCCAGCAGCAAGUACACGAUUCGAUAUUUAUCGUUUCUCGCUGGGUGAUCCGGCAAUUAGGGAUAAAGAGAAACUGGCCAAUGACACGGAGCGUAAGUUAACUUUCUCGGGUCUAACUCCUGGCCGUCUGUACAACAUAACCGUGUGGACAGUGAGCGGAGGCGUUGCCAGUUUGCCCAUCCAGAGGCUCUAUCGUCUGCAUCCAUUGGCCAUAACCAAAUUGGAGGCCACCCAUGUGGAUGCACGAGAAAUAACACUUCAAUGGCCAGCACCAGCCGGUGAAUGGACAGACUUUGAGCUGCAGUAUCUCAGCGCUGAUGAGGAGUCGCCCCAGUUGAUCCAGAAUGUGACCAAGCAAACACAAAUGACAAUUCAACGUCUGCAGCCGUAUCACAAUUACACCUUCACCGUGGUUGUACGUUCCGGUUCGACUGGCCUUGAUGCUAAUACGCCAGCUGGCACCCCAAAUACGGGUACGGGUACGGGUACGGGUGGAGGCGGAGGAACUAUCUUGCGCAGCAGCCCACCCAUUUCGGCCAGCUAUCAGACUCUGCAGGCGGCACCAGGUCGUGUGGACUACUUUCAGCCCAGCGACGUUCAACCCGGUGAAAUAACAUUUGCUUGGCUUUUGGAGUCAAGCGAACAGCAUGGACCCAUUGAGCAUUUCCGGAUAAUUUGCCAAAAUGCCUACGACACGGAGGAUGUGAUUAACUACGAGUUUGCAGCGAAUAGCACUGAGGGACGGAUUAGUAAUCUAGUGCCAGGCAAUAGCUAUAUCUUUCGCAUUCAAGCCAAGUCCCUGGAAUUGGGCUAUGGACUGGAGCGCGAGUAUAGACAACUGAUGCCCAUUUUGGCACCGCCUGCGCCUUUGGCCAGCAUAAUACCUUUGGAGGUUAGUCGAACGAGCUCCACCAUACAGAUUAGCUACAGGAAAAACUAUUUCUCCAAUGCCCAUGGACUGGUGCGUCAAUAUACCAUCAUAGUGGCCGAGGAUGUUGGCAAGAAUGCCUCCGGCUUGGAGAUGCCCAGUUGGCAGGAUGUGCAAUCGUAUACCAUAUGGUUACCCUAUCAGGCCAUUGAGCCAUACAAUCCCUUUGCCAAUCGUUCGCUGGCCUUGGCAUCCAGCGACUUGGAACACUUCACCAUUGGAUCGGCCAAUUGUGAGCAAAAUCUGGCUGGCUAUUGCAAUGGUCCGCUACGCUCUGGGACAACAUAUCGGAUCAAGAUAAGGGCAUUUACCGAUCAUGAUAAGUUCACCGACACCGCCUACAGUGAGCCCAUCACAACGGAUCGCAAUGAUGUCAUCUGGCUGGCCUCCGCUCUGGGUAUCUUCUUCUGCCUGGCCUUUCUGGCCAUUGUUGUUGCCUACUUCCGUUAUCGGAAUAGCAGUUUGCGACGCUCCAAUAAGCUGGCACGGAUGCAGGACGAGCUAGACAUUCUGCCCGAUGGCCAUAUAACACCAAAUCGUCCUGUUCAUAUUAAGGAUUUCGCCGAACACUAUCGCAUCAUGUCGGCCGAUUCAGAUUUUCGUUUUAGCGAGGAAUUCGAAGAACUGAAACAUGUGGGACGGGAUCAGGCCUGCAGUUUUGCCGAUCUACCAUGCAAUCGUCCAAAGAAUCGAUUCACCAACAUUCUGCCCUACGAUCAUUCGCGAUUCAAGCUUCAGCCCGUCGACGAUGAUGAUGGCUCCGACUAUAUCAAUGCCAACUAUAUGCCAGGGCAUAAUUCACCACGGGAAUUUAUUGUCACCCAGGGACCAUUGCAUUCCACCCGUGAGGAAUUCUGGCGCAUGUGCUGGGAGAGCAAUUCACGGGCGAUUGUCAUGCUGACGCGUUGCUUUGAAAAGGGACGCGAGAAAUGUGAUCAAUAUUGGCCAAUUGAUCGGGUGCCCAUGUUUUAUGGUGACAUCAAAGUGCAGCUCAUAACGGAUACACAUUUUCUGGAUUGGAGUAUAUCUGAAUUUAUGGUAUCAAGGAAUUGUGAAUCGCGGAUUAUGCGGCAUUUCCAUUUCACCACUUGGCCUGAUUUCGGUGUGCCAGAGCCGCCGCAAUCUUUGGUUAGAUUUGUGCGCGCCUUUCGCGAUGUCAUUGGGACGGAUAUGCGACCUAUUAUUGUCCACUGCAGUGCCGGAGUGGGACGUUCGGGUACAUUCAUAGCACUCGAUCGCAUACUGCAGCAUAUCAAUAAAGCAGAUGAUGUGGAUAUAUUUGGCAUUGUAUUUGCCAUGCGUAAAGAGCGCGUUUUCAUGGUGCAAACGGAACAGCAGUAUGUGUGCAUACAUCAAUGCCUUCUGGCCGUGCUUGAGGGUAAAGAACAUCUGUUGGCCGAUUCCCUGGAGCUUCAUGCCAAUGAUGGCUAUGAGGUGACUAAAAUUUACUUAGAGCGCCCGAAACUACAACAACAACAACAACUGCAACAACAAGAAAUCAUAUUGAAUGGAAAGACUGGCGGCAGCUUAAUGCCCAUUAGGGCAUCAUUAGCAUUGGCCGAAGAACUGGAAAAAGAGCUGGAGCCAGAGCAUACCACCGCGAAAGUAAAGGAUGAGGAGCAUUACAAGAUCAAUGUUAAUAAUGAUGAUGACGACGACGAAGAGGAUGAGGAUAAUGAUGAUGAAGACGAUGAUGAUGAUGAUCAGCAGCCAUUGAAUCAUGAAACCACAGCCAUAUUAUCGACAGGAAGCAGCAGCAACAGCAGCAACAGCAGCAGCAUCAACAGUAGUCGAAGCAGUCGGGAGCAUGUGGAGGAGCAACAACAUCCACAACAACAACAACAACAUCCACAUCCACAACAACAACAACAACAAGAGCAAAGCAUAAGCACUAGCACUGACUCUGAUACUGACACUGAGGAUGAGGACGGUGAUGGUAUUGAUAAAAGUCCGCUUUUAGAUGACGAGGGCAUUGCUGAGACAGGCAUCUAGAGAAUCCUUCUCUCUUGACUGGGGAUGCCUUUUUGCUGAUAUUUAAACAUAUAUACGAUAAAUAAUAUACACCUCUAUAUAUUUAUACCUAUAUAUAUAGAUAUAUAAAUCCAUAUUAGUUAUAUUAAAUCUGCCUGUGAUGUGCUGGAUGUGAUUUGUCUACCCUAAGGCAUAAACGGUGCUAUCGUAUGAGAAGUUCCAUUGCCAGAUUAAUCAUUUCUUUUGUUUCUCGGAAGAUUUUGAUUAUUUGACCUGUGCCAUAUGGUUUGCUUCAUAUUUUAUAAUUUGCCAUAGAACUCUGAUAUAUGUAUGUGUGCAUAUGAGAUGGUGCCGUAAAUGCCCUUAAUUAGACCAAAACAACAGAGCGUAAUCUUAAGUUUCAGGUAUAUAAUUGCUUUUCUUUUUUUUUUUUUUAUUUGCUCUUUCGAUGUGACAAUAUUGAUGAUUGCAAUUUAGUUUUUUUUUUUGUGUCUUUUACUAUACACUAUACGAUUAUUAUUAGAUUAAUUAUGAAUUGUAAAUUGUAAAUUCAAUCAAUUGUUUUAUAGUAUUUCGUUUAAUUUAUACAUUGUAUUUUCAAUUGAUCAACUAUUGUAUUAUGCUUAUAAUAUUAUACUUAUUUUUAUACUCGGUGACUUGCACCGAAACAAAUUCCAAAUCUAUUUGGAAUCAAUAAUUGUUUCGAUGCGGAUCCCUGACUUAUAUAUAUAUAUAUAUUUAGCUAUAUAGUUUAGUUAGUUUUAGUCAAACAUUAGUCAGUCAAUUUAAUAUUUGUUUAUAUAUAUUUUU